CUAGCUGUUUGUCAGUACACAGAAGUCUCCUCAGCACCCCACAACCACAUCCAGAGGCCACCAUGAGAGAGUUCAAGAGCAAGGAUUUCUGGAGGGCAGUUUUAGCCGAGCUGGUGGGCAUGACACUUUUUAUAUUCCUCAGCUUAUCCACGGCUAUAGGCAACACCAACAACGCCAAUCCAGACCAGGAGGUGAAGGUGGCACUGGGGUUCGGGUUGGCCAUCGCGACCCUGGCACAGAGUUUGGGGCACAUUAGCGGGGCGCACCUGAAUCCCGCCGUCACGUUGGGGAUGCUCGCGAGUUGCCAGAUAAGCGUCUUCAAAGCGGUCAUGUACAUCAUUGCGCAGAUGUUGGGGUCGGCGUUGGCCAGCGGGAUCGUCUACGGGACCAAACCGAGCACGACGGAUUCCUUGGGCCUGAAUUCUCUGAACAAAAUAACUCCCAGUCAAGGCGUGGGCAUCGAGCUGCUGGCAACCUUCCAGUUAGUCCUGUGUGUCAUCGCAGUGACUGAUAAAAGGAGGCGUGAUGUCACCGGGUCUGCGCCCUUAGCCAUUGGCCUGUCCGUGUGCUUGGGCCAUCUAGCAGCGAUUAGCUACACGGGAUGUGGUAUCAACCCGGCACGCUCCUUUGGGCCAGCUGUGAUCCUCAACAAUUUCACAAACCACUGGGUGUACUGGGUGGGUCCCAUGUGCGGAGGCGUGGCGGCGGCUUUAAUCUACGACUUCCUCCUUUAUCCCAAAUUUGACGAUUUUCCAGAGCGCAUGAAAGUCCUGGUGAGCGGCCCCAUCGGAGACUAUGAUGUGAACGGGGGAAACGACGCCACAACUGUUGAAAUGACCUCAAAAUAACCACUCCUCUGCCAUAUUGUACAUAUCUAUAUGAUCUUGUAAAAUACAUUGAAUUUAGGGCCAUUUGUGUUAUUGUUUUAUGAAGUGUUUUGUUCAAUGGGUGAAGGUCAAAAGGGUGUAAGUGAAAUCUGGGACAGUAAAAUAUUCAAACAACAGCUUACAAUAUUAGAACAAAAAUUCUAAAAUGUGUUGGUGAUUUUAAUUUUUUUGUUUUUUUAAUUGUAAACUACCACAUUUUCCCAUAUAUAUAUAUUUUUACAUCUAAACUACUGUCACUCAACUUUUAAAUGCAGGCAAAACAUAAGUUACAUAAGUGUUUUGUUUUUUCCAAACUUUGUAUGUGAAAAUGUGUCCAUCUUACUCAACUGGACUUUUAGUUUAAAAAAAAUAUAAUGAAAAAAAUCUGUUUAUUCUGCGUCUGGAGCAUCACUUGCACCUUUGAGUUCUCAGCCUUAUUCUUUUCUCAUGUGUUUGAAUUGUGACUUAAACCCUUUGCUGCCGUCAGUAUUCUCUAUUGAGCCAUGUUUUUGUACUAUUCAUAUAUAUAUAUGUUUAUCACUAAAGAAUUUGUUUGAGCACUCCUGAAAUGCCUCACUUUUAUAAAUAAAUAAAACACACUGUUAUAUAUUUAUA